UUGAUUUGAUCAAAGCUUCUUUUACUAACCGCAGGCAUUUUUUGCCGUUUUACCGAACUCAGCUCCGUGCGCCUAGUUUCCGAUUAUAUUUGCAAACACAUCGCCACAUGCAAGGCUAAAGGAUAUUAUUUUGGGCUUUGGCGAACACCGGGCGAUUGUACUAUGGACGCGCUUUAUAUGUGUCUGUUUAGCAUAUUAUGCGCGCUAUUUUGUUCUGUCGGAUAUGCGGUGGAAGAUAAGUCCAGUAUACCUUCGACAGAAGUGCAAGAGGAAUCCAGCUUUUAUGAAAGUAUAUUCAGUGAGGUGUUUUCAGAUGAGUCUUUGCAAGAACUUCUAGACGAUACAGGAUCCCCAAGCGAUGGUAGAGUAGUUUCUAAAGAGCUGUAUUACAAUAUAAGCAAGAAAGACGAUAUACAAAUAGCUGCGGGAGCAGCAUUCGAAAUUCCUGAAGGAUUGUGGCCGCUGAUACAAGGACGAAAGAUUAUUUAUAAAGAUUUCAAUGAACUGAGUCCACUCGAACAACGGGAGAUGUUAGGGAAAUACGAUUUAAAAGGUGAUCCUGGCAGGCCUGGUAUCAUUGGACUACCGGGAAAACCCGGUGAUCAGGGUCCUCCUGGUGAUCCUGGACCACCUGGGGGAAUCGGAGCUGAGGGUAAUCAAGGCGAGCCAGGAAUGGAUGGUCUCCCUGGAUUACAGGGCCCUCAAGGAUUGCCAGGAGCACGAUUGCGAAAUGUACCUUAUGGACUGCCUCGAGAAUGGCUAGAACGUUUUGUCGAGUCAAUUCGCACUGGUUUGGUGGCGAGACAAAAACAUGCUCCGCCUGGCCCACCCGGUCCAAAAGGCUCAAUGGGCAAUAGGGGAUUUCCAGGUCUCCCAGGUGGUGCAGGUCGCAAGGGAAUGAAAGGCUGUCAGGGAAUUUCUGGAAGGCCAGGACCUAAGGGAAAUAUGGGACUUCCUGGGAUUGAGGGUGACCCAGGGUCAAAUGGUGAACGGGGAGGAAGAGGGAUGCGGGGAGAACCGGGUGAUAUUGGCCCUAGAGGUACACGAGGUGCAAUGGGCGAUGCAGGAGAACAGGGUCAACCAGGUCGUCCUGGCAACGCAGGAUCGCGUGGAGAAGAAGGUCCCAAGGGUGAAAAGGGAUUACCUGGACCUGCUGGCCCGCAAGGAUUACAUGGUGAUCGUGGAUCGCCGGGCAUGAGGGGACCUGCUGGAAAACGAGGUACAAAGGGUCCACAAGGUCCGCGAGGUAUGCCGGGAUAUGCUGGUCGUAAGGGAGAGCAAGGAAUUGAAGGCCCAAAAGGCUUCACUGGAACAACGGGCCAAAGGGGGCGUAUUGGUCCUACUGGUGACCCUGGUAGGAAGGGUGUGAAGGGUGCACCUGGUCCUCCCGGUCCAGACGGAGCUCUUGGAGACCCCGGAAAACAGGGAUUACCAGGAUAUGAUGGACCACAGGGGGCAAAAGGAGAAGAGGGACCACCAGGUGAACCAGGGGAACGAGGUCGUCCUGGCCCUAUGGGAAAUGCGGGUAUUUCAGGAGAAGCAGGGAAAAGUGGUUUGGCUGGGGAUCAGGGAUUUCGAGGAAAAGAUGGACAAAAGGGGAUUAAAGGAGUUCGAGGUUCAACGGGUCCUCCAGGUUUACCAGGUGUGAACGGCAGUCCAGGAAAAGUUGGAAGUCAUGGUCUGAGGGGGUUGCCUGGUGAACCUGGUCUCAAAGGAUUUCCUGGACCAAAGGGGGGGUUGGGUGAGCCUGGCGAACGAGGCAUGCGCGGACCAAGAGGAGAGAGGGGAUUUACAGGGCCUCGGGGAAGACCAGGAAGAAAAGGGUUCAAAGGUGAUGAUGGUCCUGAUGGCCCCCCAGGUGCGAAUGGAGAAACAGGCUUGGAUGGUGUCAAAGGUGACAUGGGUGUUCCAGGACCUCCGGGACAGAAAGGCAGCCGUGGUUAUGAUGGAUUUGAUGGUUUUGCCGGAUUUCCUGGACUUAUGGGAGCUCCAGGUCAGCCUGGUGACAUGGGAUUCCCAGGACCGCCUGGUGAUGAUGGCAUACAAGGUAACCAAGGACCGCCAGGUAUACCAGGACCACCUGGGGCUGAGGGUGAUCCGGGAGCUCAAGGAGUUCCAGGACCCGCAGCAACAACUAGCGGUAUUGGACCACCGGGUUUGGCGGGACCUCCUGGAAGUAAGGGACAACCUGGAAAGGAUGGUAAAGAAGGUGUGAAAGGAGCAGAGGGUGUAAAAGGAAGGGCAGGCCCUGAUGGAAUAAAGGGUGACAUAGGCCCACGUGGGGCACCCGGUGAGGCAGGAAUAAAGGGUGGUCGAGGUUCCCGAGGGAUAAAAGGUGUAACUGGUUUUACAGGUUUGAAAGGAGCGAAAGGGAAGGAAGGCUCAUCAGGAAUGGGCGGGUUUAAGGGCAUCAAAGGGGACACUGGGCCUGACGGUGCCCAAGGAUUCCAAGGACCUAAGGGAAAAAUUGGACCAAGAGGUCCAAGAGGACCAAAGGGAAAACGGGGGGAGACGGGCGAACAAGGAGUUAAGGGAGUUCGAAACAGGGAUGGCAAGCCCGGAAAAGACGGUUUGCCAGGUCAGCCGGGAAGCCGCGGAAAUUCAGGGAAAAAAGGGGCUAAGGGUGAAGCUGGUCCACCGGGAUUAAAUGGCAGAGCUGGAAAAAGAGGAGUGCAGGGAAAAGUUGGUCGUAGAGGGAAGCCUGGUCCGAGGGGAUAUCCAGGGGGGAUGGGACGACCAGGGCGCACUGGUCCACCUGGAAGAGCUGGAGUGCCCGGUGAGAAGGGUGAUCGAGGACCAUUCGGAUUUCGUGGAGAAGCAGGGCCACCUGGUAGUCCAGGUAUCAGUGGUACACUUGGCCCUAAGGGACAGAAAGGCCCUGAAGGAGAGAUGGGUGAUGGGGCGCCAAUAUCACUAAAAGGAAAUCAAGGUCUCAAAGGAAGGAAGGGAGUAAAAGGUGACAAUGGACCUUUUGGUCGACCAGGUCAAACGGGUCAAAAGGGAGAGCCUGGUGUCAAAGGCGAUAGUGGACUGCGAGGUGAACCAGGAAUACCGGGCGAUACGGGUAAGGAGGGAAAGAAAGGAGACCAAGGUGUUGCAGGGAAACCAGGUUCACCUGGAGGAAAAGGGAUCAAAGGAAAAAGAGGUGGUCAAGGGAAAAAGGGUAUUCCGGGACCUCAAGGACUUCAGGGAUCAACUGGGAAAAAAGGUGCACCUGGUAGAAAGGGUAGAGAUGGUGUAAACGGUGAAAAGGGAGGACCGGGUGAUCCAGGAGCUCCGGGGGAUAAGGGAGAAAAAAACAACGUGGCUGGACCAAAGGGGUUGCGGGGAGAAGAUGGUGCACCAGGACCUCCGGGUAAUGUCGGGAAUACAGGAGCAAUGAAAGGCGAAAAGGGAGAAAGAGGAGCUACGGGUCCUCCAGGGACAUCUGGGACACCUGGACCACGGGGUCCACCAGGCCCCAAAGGAAAAGCUGGUGCGCCUGGCGAAAAGGGUGACGAUGGUGAAAGAGGCACGGAGGGUCAGCCCGGUGACCCAGGUUUGAAGGGAUUUCCUGGGAAAAGAGGUCCGCCAGGACCUGCAGCCAGCGAUGGAGAAAAGGGUGAUCGGGGGGAUCCAGGACCACCUGGCACAGGUGCGCCAGGAUUAAAGGGUAUAAAGGGUGAACCCGGAGAUGCCGGCCCAAGCGGUCCAAAGGGUGAAGUGGGAGUUAAAGGAAGCGAUGGACCACCAGGCAAUGCUGGUCCCCAAGGAGACCCCGGUGGUCUUGGGUUACAGGGAGAGCGAGGGCCACAGGGUCCACAAGGAGAGAAGGGCGACCAAGGACUUCCUGGCCCGCCAGGUCCUCCCGGAAAACAGGGUUUUGGAUGGAGUGAAAGUUUCUCAAAUUAUACCAGUGGCGAUGGUCCUCCACCAAUUGUCAUGGACAUAAUCCACUCUCAACUUGAGGAAGCUCAAGAGGAAUACACUAAGCUACGUCAUGCCACAGGAGAACAGGAUCGUCCAGCUCGAAGUUGUAGAGAUCUGAUGACGUACUCGCAAAACAAAAACCUGAUGAAUGGCAUUUACUGGAUCGAUCCGAACCAAGGCUCUGUCGAGGAUGCUUUUGCAGUCUUUUGUGAUUUUGAUAAUGAUGGAGAAACGUGUGUAGAAUCUGUCGACAAAACAAGUUCCAUUCGAUCAAGUGGAAAUCUCCAAAAUCAAAAAAAUCAUACGGAAUAUAAGAUAAAAUAUGGCGGAAAUGCCGGUCAACUAAGGUUUCUCCAAGCGCUAACUAAGAUCGCCACACAAAAGUUGGAAUAUUCCUGCAUAAAAGGCUCCAGUAGCACUGGCUUGGAAAAUGUCAUCACAAUUCGUGGAAUCAACGGCAGAGAAAUACCCCGAGAGUCUCGACAACCAAGACUCGAUAUUCGUACCGAUUGUAAGGUUAAUUCAACCGAGCCACAAGGCAGAGGCGUUAUUGAUGUCACAGUACGGAGGUUUGAACUUCUUCCCAUCACUGAUUUCUCGCUUUCGAGCUCAGACUCCUUUUAUACACGGUUAGAAGUCGGCCCCGUCUGCUUUAGAUGACAAUCAUUAAUAUUAAAAAGGGAAAACGGAGAGAAACGGGUUGGAAGUUGUAACAUUCCCAAGUGUUAAUAACAGUUAAUGUAAAAUGACAGCAUUUUCAGCAUUUUAAACUCUUGUUGUUUUGCUUAUUUUUAUGUUUGCUAUUGUAGAUUAAAUGCAUAAUAAGCCAUUAGCGAUUGAUAAAAAAUAUCAAGUAUGAUGUAUUCAUUAGUAUAUUGUGUAUUUUCUAAAUUGACGUCCAAACUAGGUCAAUAGCUUUAAUAUCAGUGACUUUUUUCAGAUAAUAAAUAGAUAAAUGACAUUGA